AUGCAAGCUAGCCCAAGUCUACGGCCAUGUGCAGAGCCAGCUGGUUCCUGGGUCGUGGGAAGACCCGACCAGGGCUACUUCCUCCUUGAAGACGGCGAGAGAUUUCCGUCUCUUCAGCUGGCUAAGUUUCGAAAAGCGUGUCGACUAUGGGCCAUCGUCGAAGCCAAGGACGUCGGAAAGAUCUAUCGCUGGUACGAGUUUAUCAAGCAAUGUUUUAGACGUGGACAGACUGGUCCCCCGACUAGAGGUAGCAAGCAAGACCUUCAACUUGGGACAGUGUUCAAUGGCAGCGCCGACAAAGCCAUCGGCAGGCUCUUGAAGCAAGCCGCGGCGUAUGCGAUGAUUUUCCGCACCAUGUACGUGAUAAUGACUGAUCACGCAACAUUCAUGUUCCUUGUAUUUCGCGACAUGGACAUCAGCCACGAUUCGACCGCCGCCGAUCUGUGGUACAAGGGUGUCGGCGAGACGGUUGAGGUGACGCUCGUUAGACCGCACGAAGGCGAGGAUUUCGAAGGUCCACUGGCUGGAUUCUUUGCAGAGGCACGAAAGAAGACCCCACUGGAUACUUUUUACGGAAUCAUGGAUGGAUUGGGAGAGGAGCUUUGUGGCGAGGAAGACCGUGAUCCUCCCUGCUUACCUCAAGGUGAGCGUAGGGUGAUGAGGGGAGGAGGCGUGUGGGAUGAGGUCAAGUGCCGGUUGAUUGAAGGAUCCACUCCGCCUAGGCUGGUCCCGGCGCCGAGAUAA